AUGAGUGGGAAGCAAUUGGAAGAUCCUCCUACCAAGGAGCCAUCAAGGGAGGUCAUUGAAGAAGUAGGUGACGGUGAGAAGGUGAUUGAUAGUGCUAAGGUCGAGGAAGAGUCAAGGGAAGCAACUCCAAAACCUCUUGCUCCGUAUGUACCUAAGGUUCCUUUUCCGCAAAGGUUACCCCAGGCUAAGCUUGAGAAAAAGUACGGUAAAUUUCUUGAUAUCUUGAAAAAGCUUCAUAUUAAUAUUCCGUUCUUAGAUGCUAUAUCCGAGAUGCCUUCUUAUGCUAAAUUUUUAAAGAUUAUGCUUUCUAACAAGAAAAAGCUAGAAGAGAAUGCUACAGCUGCUUUGAAUGCAGAGUGUAGUGCUAUUUUACAGAAUACUCUCCCUAAGAAAUUAGGUGAUCCAGGUACCUAUUCAAUUCCAGUGAAGCUUGGAGAUAUUGAAAUUAAAAGGGCACUAUGCGAUCUUGGUGCAAGUGUGAGUCUUAUGCCACUGUCCAUCUGUAAGAAGCUGCAAAUGGGUGAACUCAAACCCACACGCAUAUCCUUGCAACUUGCAGACAGGUCAGUCAAAUUUCCUUUGGGUGUACUUGAGGAUGUACCUCUUCGUGUAGGUAAGUUUUUCAUUCCUUGCGAUUUUGUUGUGAUGGAAAUGGAGGAAGAUGCAAAUGUUCCAAUUAUUCUUGGUAGACCUUUCUUAGCUACUGCAGGUGCAAUUAUAGACAUGAAAAAUGGUAAGGUCACCUUUGAGGUUGGUGAUGAAAAAUUGAAAUACUCACUUUUGAAUGCUAUGGGUACUCCCUCUAUGGGAGAAACUGUUUGUCAGGUCAAUGUGCUUGAUGAGUUGCAGAGUGAGCAACUUCCUUUGAGUAAAACAGAUGAUGCACUUGAACAAGUGCUAGUCGGGAAGGAUGAUGAUGGAGAUUAG